GUAGCAUUGGCCACGGCUAAGGUUCAUUUUGGAAUUUGUUAGACGUCAGCCUUGGCAAUUGUAGCUAGCUAACAUGCUAACUGUUACUCUGGUGGGGUUUUCUUUUAAGGAGGCAUUUUGACAGCUUACUUGUUCACUUCAGUUGAUUGUAUAAUGUUGUUAGCUACAUCGACAUUGACAGUAACUUCUCCCCUGCUAACAUAUUACUAAUGUUAACUGCCUUCGCUCUAACUUAAAGUUCACAGGCCUAAACGUUAGCACUAUUAACGUUAGCGUAAUCUUGCUAAGUAAUGCCCGUCUCAACCAGCAGAUAUUCUACCACCCAUUAUAUAGCGUUAUCAUUUAACAAGGUAUGACUGACAGUUGACACGUCUCUUAUAUUAUGAGUCUUUUGACAAUCAGCUUCGACUUUACUAAAACACCAGGUUGAGUGUGACCACCCACCUCCCUAUAUUCAUAUUUUAAUUGAUCCCUUUUUAAUUGAAUUGUUGGCCUAUACAUGGGCUACAGCCUGAUGGACAAGGAAGCCUGCUGCUAAGAGAGACAAAGCUUCUCGUAAGAUAUUUAUAGCAAAGUGUGACUAUGGGAAAGUCUUUUUCCCACCUCACUAAGCAGACAGGCCAGGAUGACGGCCAGGAGAGCCUCACCUCUCCUCUGGAGGACUCUCAGACUGAGGACGGAAAGGGUGGAGACGUCUCCCAGUUCCCUUAUGUGGAGUUCACAGGACGGGACAGUGUGACAUGUCCCACAUGUCAGGGCACCGGGAGGAUCCCCAGAGGACAAGAAAAUCAACUUGUGGCAUUGAUUCCAUACAGUGACCAAAGGCUGCGACCCAGGAGGACGAAGUUGUAUGUGUCAGCGUCAGUGGUGGUCUGCUUGUUGCUGUCCAGUCUGGCUGUCUUCUUCCUCUUCCCUCGCUCCAUCGAUGUGUCCUACGUCGGAGUGAAAUCUGUUUUUGUCAGCUACGACCAAGAGAAACGCAGCGUCUAUCUCAACAUCACGAACACUCUCAACAUUACCAACAACAACUACUACUCAGUGGAGGUGGCCAACAUCACAGCUCAGGUGCAGUUUGCCAAAACGGUGAUUGGAAAAUCUCGCAUCAGCAACAUGACUGCCAUCAGUCCUCUGGACAUGAAACAGGUAGACUAUAUGGUCUCCACCACCAUUGCAGAUGAGAUGAACUACAUGUAUGACUACUGCACUCUCCAAACCAUCAAGGUCCACAACAUUGUCGUCAUGAUGCAAGUGACCGUCACCACCACAUACUUUGGUCAUGCGGAGCAGGUGUCUCAGGAGAUGUACCAGUACGUGGACUGUGGCGGGAACACCACGUCUGUCAGAGGGAUGACUCAGCCGUUUAGCGUCCCACAUCCUGCUGAGAAAGGAGUGCAGCCAGGAUGAGAGUGCCGCUGCAGCCAUCUUUACGGUGCAACUGGACGACUACCUGGGCGGAAAGCCAGUCCAGU